AUGGACAAGGUGAAGGAUGAGUUGAAACUUGAAAGAGAAGCGGAGAAAAAACCUAGGGCAGUCGAUCUGGAGCAAAGAGCUUGUGAAACAGCACAAGAAAUGCCCAAAAGCCAGGGACAUAAGGAAAGUUGCACUAAUGCAGUAGAUUACUACACGCGGAGUGCUGUCCUUCCCCCUCUGGCUGCCGGCUCAGCGACCAGCAUCGGGGCCCAGCCGCUGCCUUCUCCUGAGAAGACAGCGCCAUCUUGUCUUUCGGCUCAGAGGAGGCCAAGGUGCAACUUUCUUCCGUCUUCCAGAAUCUAUGUUCAUCUGACACUCGCCGCCUCCACCACACUGCCUAAGUUUGACCCCAGCGAGAUCAAAGUUGUGUAUCUGAGGUGCACUAAUGGCAAAGUCAGUCCUACAUCUGACCCCCAAGGUCAACCCUUGGGUUCCUCUCCAAAAAAGGUUGGUGAUGACAUUGCCAAGGCAACAGGUAACUGGAAGGAUCUGAAGCUUACAGUGAAACUGACUAUCCAGAACAGACAGGCCCAGCCUGAAGUGAUAUCUUCGGCCUCUGUGCUCAUCAUCAAAGCCCUCAAGGAACCACCAAGAAAUGGAAAGAAACAGAAAAACAUUAAACACAAUGAAAAUAUCACUUCUGAGGAGAUCGUCAACAUUGCCAGACAGAUGCAGCACCAAUCUUUUGCCAGAGAGCUCUCUAGAACCAUUAAAGAGAUCCUAGACACAACCCCGUUGGUGGGCUGCCAUGUUGAUGGCCACCAGCCUCACGACAUCAUAGAUGACAUCAACAGUGGUGCAGUGGAAUGCCCAGCUAGUUAAAAGUACAAAGGAAAA